AUGACUUACGAUGGAGUGACACCGCAGCGUGACCGGGCUGAUUCUGAGCCCGGGUACGAUGACAAGAAGCUGGACUAUGACAUGGCACCACAAUAUCAAGAUGCCUUUGGAAAUGAGGAGGGUGCAGAGGUCAAAUACAAGACCAUGAAGUGGUGGCAGACGGGAAUGUUCAUGAUUGCCGAAUCCGUCUCACUGGGUGUCCUGUCUUUGCCCAAGACAUUGGCCGAGCUUGGUCUCGCGCCUGCUUUGGUCCUCAUCAUCGGACUCGGUAUUCUCGCCACGUACACCGGUUACACAAUCCACCAAUUCCGUGCGCGAUACCCUCAUAUCCAGAACUUGGGCGAUGCAGGCGAGAUCUUGUUUGGAGCGUUUGGUCGGGAGCUGUUUGGUCUUGGCCAAUUGCUCUUCUCGAUCUUCAUUAUGGGUAGUCAUAUUCUGACUUUCAGUGUUAUGAUGAACACUGUUACUGAGCAUGGCACUUGCACCAUGGUUUUCACGACUGUUGGCUUCGUCAUUUGCUUCGUAUGCUCUCUGCCCCGUACGAUGAAGAACAUGACCUACAUCUCGUGCAUGUCCUUCUUCAGUAUCUUGACUGCCGUCAUCAUCACGAUGGUUGCGGUUGGUGUUCAGAACCAGGGUGGUGUAGGCCUCAAGGCUACCAUCGACACUGAUCUGUUCCGUGCUUUCAGCGCCGUCACCAACAUUGUCUUCGCCUACUGUGCUCACGUUGCCUUCUUCGGUCUUCUUGCUGAGAUGGAGGAGCCCCGUGACUUUCCCAAGGCUCUUAUCAUGCUUCAGACCUUCGAGAUUAUCUUCUAUACCGUCGCCGCUGUGGUCAUCUAUUAUUAUGUUGGCCAGGAAGUCACCUCUCCUGCUCUUGGAUCUGCCGGCCCCAUCCUGAAGAAGGUUGCAUAUGGAAUCGCCAUUCCCACUAUCAUCGGUGCUGGUGUCGUGAACGGCCACAUUGGUCUGAAGUACAUCUACGUCCGCCUGUUCCGAGGCACUGAUCGCAUGCACAAGCGUGACGCAGUGGCCAUCGGCUCGUGGGUUGGAAUCGCUCUGACCUGCUGGAUUAUCGCGUGGAUCAUUGCCGACGCGAUUCCCGUGUUCAGCGACCUGCUGAGUCUGAUUAGCUCUCUAUUUGCUAGCUGGUUCAGUUAUGGCCUGGGUGGUGUGUACUGGCUGCACAUCAACAAGGGCAAAUGGUUCUCUUCUCCUCGGAAGAUCGCACUCACCGUGGUAAAUGUUCUGAUCAUUCUCAUUGGUGGAUGCAUGUGUGGUCUUGGCCUAUAUGUUUCGGGCAAGGCUAUUCAUGACGAUGCCUCCAGCAACAGCUUCUCGUGCGCUAGCAACGCUGAGGUUUAA